AUUAAGACAUUUUUUAUUCCAACAUAUUCCUAUAAUUUUGAGCAAUUUUACAAUAAAUUUAUUUAUUUUAUUUUUCCACCAAGCUUAGAUGUCUUCUCCGACUCCGACCAGAACAUAAAAAGGAAUAUGUCUAUCAGAUUCAGUGCUCUGUUACCUUCCCUUUUUUUUUUUCAUAUUUUUUUUUCAUUUUAAUAUUUAAUUUCAAUCAAUUAAAUUAUUUCCAUAUUUAUUAAUCAUUUAAUGCUUUCUUCUUCUUCUCUCUUCUCUUCAAAUUUCUCUCUCUCUCUCUCUCUCUCUCUCUCUCUCUCUCUCAUCAUCAUCAUCAUCAUAUAUCUCUUUCUCUUUGACCUAAUUCCUCUUUUUCACUCCGAUUUCAUCGAUUUCACCCUAAUUCAUUCCUUCAUUUUUAUUUCUGCUUCUCAAUUAUCGAUCAUAACUUUCUGAUUUAACAAUCAGAGACUUUGUGUCUGUGUGGUGAUUGUGAAGGUGCACUGUAUGUUUAACUAUUGAAGAGGAGGGGAUUGUGUCCUCUCCUCUGUUCUGCCGUCGUUGACAAUUUUUUCCGGUGGCAGAGGAUUUUUUUGUCAUAACUUUGAUAUUGUUGUUGUUUUUGAGAUUUGUGAAAAGAAAAGAAAAAAAAUGUAUGCUUCGGUAACAGAUAGGGGAUAUGAAGGAAGUGUUGGAGGUUCUGGAACUAUUUUGAUUCCGAGUCGUUUUGUUUGGCGUCAUGGUGGAAGAAGAGUGUUUCUCACUGGUUCUUUCACCAGAUGGUCGGAACAUAUUCCUAUGUCUCCGAUGGAAGGAUGCCCUUCUGUGUUUCAGGUUAUUUGCAGCUUGAUGCCAGGAUAUCAUCAGUACAAAUUUAAUGUGGAUGGUGAGUGGCGGCAUGAUAUUGAGCAGCCAAUUGCAAAUGGGACCUAUGGAGUAGUAAAUACUAUUUAUGUAUUGAGAGAACCGGAUAUUUUACCUGCCAUCUUAAGUGCUGAAACAACCAGUAGGUCCCACAUGGAGGUUGAUAAUGAUGUCUUUGGGCAUGCGGAAGCUAAUCCAAGGAUGUCAGAGUCUGAUCUGGAGGUCUCUCGUCGCCGUAUAUCUGAAUUCUUGUCCGGUCAAACUGCAUAUGAACUGCUUCCCGAAUCUGGGAAGGUCAUUGCUUUGGAUGUAAAUUUACCAGUUAAGCAAGCAUUCCAUGUUCUGUAUGAGCAGGAUGUAUCUAUGGCCCCUCUAUGGGAUUUUCACAGCAGUCGGUUUGUUGGAGUGCUUAGUGCAAUGGACUUCAUUCUCAUAUUGAAAGAGUUGGGGAAUCAUGGAUCAAAUUUGACUGAAGAACAACUUGAGACUCAUACUAUAGCAGCCUGGAAAGAGGGAAAAUUAAAGCAACGCAGGGCACUUGAUAUUAAUGGGGUAUCAGAUCCUCACUGUUUUGUUCAUGCUGGGCCCAAGGAAUGCCUAAAAGACGUGGCUUUGAAGGUUUUGCAAAACAAGGUGUCAACAAUUCCUAUCAUUCAUUCUUCUCCAGAGGAUGGACCAAUUCCCCAACUGCUGCAUCUUGCCUCCCUAUCAGGAAUUCUAAAAUGUAUAUGCAGGCAUUUUAAGCACUCUGCUGGUUCUUUGCCCAUUCUUCAACUUCCUAUUGGUUCAAUACCUUUGGGUACAUGGGUGCCUAGAGUUGGGGAUCCAAAUGGACAGCCACUCGCAAUGCUAAGGCCAAAUGCUUCUCUUGGUGCUGCCUUGUCGAUGUUUGUCCAAGCUAAAGUUAGCUCAAUACCAGUUGUGGAUGAUAACGAUUCAUUGCUCGACAUAUAUUCAAGAAGCGAUAUUACUGCAUUGGCUAAAGAUAAAGCAUAUGCUCGAAUAUCCCUCGAUGAAAUUAGUAUUCAUCAGGCAUUACUUUUGGGACAAGAUGCAAAUGCUCCUUAUGGGCUUUACAAUGGCCACAGAUGUCAUAUGUGUUUGAGGUCUGAUUCGUUGCACAAAGUGAUGGAGCGGUUGGCUAGUCCUGGGGUUAGGAGACUUGUGAUUGUGGAGGCUGGUAGCAAGCGUGUGGAAGGGAUUAUUUCAUUAAGUGAUGUUUUCAGAUUCUUAUUGGGCUAGUUGGGAUAUAUUGGUGAUCUUAUUUAAUAUGAAUUAUGAAGGGCAUAGCAGUGUUAGUAGCAUUUGGAGGGAACAACUUUUCUGUUCGCACUUGUUUUCUAUUUUUCGUAGUCUUUGUUUGGGCGAAGAUCAUUUGCUGUUUGCCCACAUGCUUUUUUAGGAUAGAAAUUGGAGAGAAAAUUCUGUAAAUUGAGGAUCAGUUUUCUCCUUUGUGCCGGCACAUCUGCAAUAUCUGUGUCCAGUGCUAACAGAAUUCAUGGAGAAACUUCAACAAAAUUUUUCAAUAAAAAUAAGGACCAGCAAAAGAUGAAAUGUUUAACCAUAUUCAGCAGCGCAUGCCGUUGGCUGGUUGUAUCGUUGUAAUCUAAGGUUUAUUUUUUCAGAUAAUUAUGGCCUUAUAUUUCUCUUAGCAGCUAAAGUUUCAUGGCUCGAGUUUGUCGAGCUGUCCCUUGCAUUAUGAGGAAGAAGAGCAAUGAUAUAUUUUUAUGUCUUAAUUACUUAAAUAGACUUGUAAAAAUAUCACUUAAGUAGAAAUUCAUUGUAUUGAAUGAAAAAGCAUCGGUGUUUAAUAUACUUAUUAUUUAUGAGCUUA